AUGGAAAAGCCAGGUAGCAGAGGCAACGAUGUUGUCCCGCAAUAUUGUAAGGGCGCCGUCGUCGUCAACGAGGGACCCAAUUUCCAUGUCGAAGUCCAGACAUUGCCAGUGCCAGAGAUUGGCCCGGAGGAUGUCUUGAUCAAACUCAACGUGACAGGGAUAUGCUUCUCAGACCUGCACUAUAUGCUCAACGACUGGCCGAUCCCCAAGAUGUCUGAACUUGGAACGCGGUGUCCCGGACAUGAAGGCGCCGGGACGAUUGUAAAGGUUGGCGAGAGAGUUAAACGGUUGAAGGUUGGAAUGCGCGCAGGCGUCAAACCGAUAGCCGACACCUGUGGAGUUUGCGAAUAUUGUCGUGGAGGCAUGGAGGUUCAUUGUGAGGAUUCAGUCAUGACCGGCUUACAUGUCGAUGGCACCUACAAGGAGUAUUUUGUUUCACCCGAAAGAUACACUACCAUCAUCCCCGAUGCAGUGCCAGACUAUAUUGCCGCCCCUUGGGCCGUGUUCCUCGGUGGCGGUGGCGGCGUCGGUAUCCAGGGCGUCCAACUCGCUAAAGCCAUCGGUCUCCGACCAGUUGUUGUUGACACUGGCCUCGAGAAGCAAAAACUGGCGCUAAGCCUGGGUGCCGAGGCUUUUGUCGAUUUUCGAGAGUCAUCCGAUGUAGCCGCAGAAGUGGUUCGUAUCUGUGAUGGCAAGGGGGCCCAUGGAGUCUUUUGCACAGCGCCUCAAUCGUAUCCGACUUCGUCGAGCUAUCUCGGAAAGCAGGCUGGAGGCACGAUUAUGUGCAUUGGUAUCCCACCCGUGGGUGCCUGCCAUAUUGACCUCGACCCCACGACCAUGAUAUUGCAAAAGGUGACAAUCAAAGGAACCAUGGUCUCUUCUCAAGCCGAUAUCGACGCGACUUUGGGGUUUGCCGCCAGGGGGCUGCUGAAGCUACAGCCCGAAAUUGUUGGCUGGAGUGGGUUCAAUGAUGCUUGUCAGCGAUUAAGAAAAGGAUUGGUUCCAGGUCGGAUAGUUGUUGAUUUUAGUAAAAAGUGA